AUGUUUUCCCCACCUCCACAUCCUCUUCUUUCAUCACCACCGCCACCAUCACCUGCUGCUCAUGAUCAUGGUCAUGAUCAUUCCCUCCCAAAGUUCGAGAUGGAAUUAACAUUCGCCGCUCUUGUAUUAUUGGCAAUAUUCUUGUGCCGUAAACAGUGUAGUAACACUAAUGAAACUCAGCCUCGAACCCAACAACACGAUAUCGAACUUGGACUCCCUGAAAAUACAGCACAAGCUGAUCAUCAUGUUCCUUCUCACCACGUUCCUGAUCUGUGUGCUAUCUGCUUGGAGGACUUUGAAGAUGGAGAUGUGUGUAGGAAACUUUACGCGUGCAAACAUACCUUCCAUAAGCAGUGCGUGGAUAAGUGGCUAACUAUAAAUACGCACUGCCCACUUUGCCGUGGUUCUGCUAAGGCUGCGGCUUCAGCAAAUCAGAACUAG